AGGGGACAUAUUAUGCAAAACCAACUUUUUAAUCAUUUUAUUAUGUACAUUUGGGAAACUGGAGGGCCUAUCAGCAGGCAAAGUUUGAAAAAAAAUGACUCAGUCAUGUUUUUGUGGGCUGCCUCAGUCAGAAUACAGGAGAGAAGACACGAACUCUCAGAGGUAUGCAGUUUGUGACGAAACCUGCUGCACUCAUUAGCAUAUUCCAACCUUUCACCUGCCUGUUGCCACCCACCUCAGCUUACUCCGCCUUGUCUAUCCGUGCUCCGCCAUUGUCCCUACGAGCGAGAGAGCGAGCAGACAUGCAUCAGGGAAGGCAACACAAAUGUUCUGUGCUGGGCUGCACAGAACAGCACAAAGCUGUACACACUAUCCCCGUCUCAGAAGAGAUACGAGUCCAGUGGAUUAAUUUUAUUUACAAUGGAAAUGUUCCGGCUAGAGUUGGCAAAAAGCUGUUGGUUUGUGCUAACCACUUCACCAGUGACUGUUUUAAGAACCUCGGUCAGUACAAUAAGGGACUGGCCCAAAAACUGUUGCUGAUAGAGGGAGCAGUACCAACUAUCCGUUGCAAGACGACAGACACAGAAACUGCAAGCACAUCUGGACUGCUGGAUAGGGUACAUCAUGUGGCAUGCCAGACAGACCCACCAACAACACGCUCAUUUGGAACACAGCUUUCAAUGAAGACUCUCCAACCUCAUUUCAGAAGUACAGGCACACAGAAAACUGUUUCCUGCACUGAUGUUGGUGUUGGCACCUCAGCUCUUCUGCCGUUUCUUACAUCAACACCUAUAAAGAGACCAAGUAAGAGACGUCGCUUGGAACUGGAGGAGGAGGAAGAGGAGAACCCUUUAGAAGGCAGUUCUGUUGACGUAGAAGAGCCACACGAUUCAACUUAUGACCCUGCAGACUCUGCCACAACCUUGACUGAGUCAGCAGAUGUGACAAUGGAAUCUUCUACGCCUGUCCAUAAGACUCCAACUUAUAUUGUGUAUGAGAACUGCCUAAUGGAGCUGUUUCAGGUGUGCCCUGUGUGUCAGCGGGAAUGUGACAUGCAGAAAAGAAGAUUGGGCACGUUUCUCUCUGUAGAACAACGGUGCCCGCAUUGUGAGUUCUACAGAAAGUGGAACAGCCAGCCUCUUGUUGGGAGCACUCCUGCUGGGAACCUGCAGCUCUCCACUGCAGUGUAUGCCACUGGUGCCUCUUUCUUUAAGCUUGAAAAGAUCUUCCGGGCAAUGCAGUUGAAGAUGUUUCAAUAUGACUCAUUUCGAAGGCAUGCUCGGAUGUACAUAGAGCCCGCGAUUGUACACAGGUGGAAGACGGCACAGACUGCAAUGUUAGAGCAGCUCAGUCAGCUGCAGAAUGUCGUCCUCGGUGGUGACAGAGCAGACUCACCAGGACAUUGUGCCAAGUUUGGCAGCUACACAAUGAUGGACAUGAGGAGCAACACUGUUAUUGAUUUACAGCUGGUUCAAAGUAAUGAGGUUGGUGGAAGCUACCACAUGGAGAAAGAGGGCCUGAAGAGGAGCCUUGCUCUGUUGGAGGAACGGGGUGUUACUAUAGAUAGUAUUGUGACGGACCGUCACCCCCAAAUCCAGAAGUUCCUGAGGGAGGCCGAUGUCACGCAUUACUACGAUGUAUGGCACAUGGAAAAAGGACUGUCCAAGAAACUGUCGAAGAUCUCACAGAACAAGGAGUGUGAGAAACUGAAGAAGUGGCUUCAGAGUAUAAAAAACCACAUCUACUGGACGGCUGCAUCCUCUACAUCGGUGCCAGAGAGAACAGCAAAGUGGAUGUCCAUUCUGAACCACGUCCGGGACAUCCACAACCACGAAGAUCCUGUUUUCCCCCAGUGUUUGCAUCCAACCCGCACUUCAAGGGACAAGAGCAAAUGGUUGACAACAGGAACACCAGCCUUCUGCAGGAUGGAGAAAGUGCUGAGCAACAAGAGGGUCCUCAAAGAUGUGGGGAAGCUGAGCCCUCAUUACCAAACCUCAUCGCUUGAGUCUUUUCAUAGCGUCAUCCUACGCUUUGCGCCCAAGAAUGUAGUCUUUCCUUUUCUUGGAAUGCUGUGCAGACUAUACCUGGCAGCCCUGCACUUCAAUGAAAAUGCAGACCGUCCACAGGCAACAACCUCAGCUGGUGAGCCGCUGUUCAGGCUUCAUUUUCCAAAGUGGAAGAAAGGAGAAUGCACAGCAAAGCCAGUGAAGGAGCAACCAACCUUCCAUUACGUGGAUGAAAUCUUGGACCUGGUGUUUGAGAAGGUUUUUCUGGACCCUGGUCCAUACACAGAUGAGGUGUUGAAGAUCUCCAUUCCUGAGGAUCUCACUGCACAGUUUGAAAGGCCGGACAAGAAGGAGGUGAUAGACCGCUACGUGACGAGGUUCAGUCAAGGGCCGGUCUGAACCCCACGUAGAUGCCUUGAGCGUCGGGGGAACUCCGCCCGUAUACGCAGCACCACACAGCUGGGCAGUGCCACACGAACUCUUCGGCCCAGAAAGCCCCAACACCAGCUCACAAAGCCCCUAUAGGCCAAGUACCUGUAACGGCUGAACAGAGUACAGAUAUAUUUAGUUUUACAUUUAUAUUUAGACAUAAUUUAUGAUUAGCCACAUUUUUUUGUAAAUAUUUGUAAUACGUAUUUUUUGAACAGUUGUUUGCUGUACUUGUAUUUAUGAAAAUAAAAAUGUAUAAGCUGUU